AUGGCUUCUCACACUCGCUCUAACAGCUUCCCCUCCAGGGCACACCCUAUCAUUGAAGAAGCAAAUGAACAAUUGUGCAGAUUAAGGUCGUCUGCAGCCACCACAACAUCUUCAUCAUCAAUCAGCCACAAACUAAGUGGUCUACAAGACUUGCAUGAAUGUGUUGAAAGGUUGCUUCAGUUGCCCCUCAAUCAGCAAGCAACAGCGCAAAAGAAACAUCAGAAAUGCACUAAUGAGCUAUUAGAUGGUUCUCUAAGGCUCUUGGAUGUUUGUAGCACUGCCAAGGAAGCACUGCUGCAAACCAAGGCAUGCUUACAGGAUCUUCAAUCUAUCAUAAGAAGACGAGGAUGCGAAUCUGGUGUACUUACGAGUGAGGUUAGGAAAUACUUGACCUCCACGAAGAUGGUGAAAAAGACGAUCCAAAAGGCUAUGGUCAAUACCAGAUCCACUUUCUCUUCCCUCAACAAGGAGACCGAAUGUAUUUCCAUCGUUAACACAUUGAGAAAUGUAGAAGCAAUUACUCUCUCAGUGUUUGAAUCACUGUUCUCUUUCAUCUCGGGGCCAAAGGCAUCAACAAGCUGGUCAUUGGUAUCAAAGAUGAUGCGGUCAAAAAGAGUAGCUUGUGAGGAAGAAGCAGAGAUAAAUGAAUUCGCAGAGGUGGAUGCUGCACUGAAGUCAGUCAAGAGUGCAGACAAUGUACAGAACCAGCUUAACAAUCUGGAGUCAUGCAUCCAAGAUCAAGAAGAAGGACUCGAGUGCCUAUUUAGGCAAUUGAUCAAAACUAGAGUCUCGCUUCUCAACAUCCUCAACCACUAG